AUGUACGAACAGCGUUAUGUAACAUUUACUUUUCAGGCUCGCCUUUUCAAUGCAAAUCAACCGAAUCCACGAAAGUGUAUUCAGAUUCUAACCCGAAUUUUGUGCUUACUGAACAAGGGUGUCAAAUUCAGCAGGCAAGAAGCUACGACAACAUUUUUCGCCGUCACGAAGCUAUUCCAGCUUCCAAACCAAGGUCUGCGGAAGCUGCUCUAUCUUGUUAUAAAGGAGUUGGCACCAUAUGCCGACGAUGUCAUUAUCCUAACCAGCAGCUUGACUAAGGACAUGACUGGUUCAGAGGCCUCUUUUCGUGCUCCUGCAAUUAGAACUCUCUGCAAAAUCACUGACCCGACCAUGGUUCAGGCCAUUGAGCGAUACUUGAAGCAAGCUGUUGUGGAUAAGUCACCAGCCAUUGCGUCUGCUGUGCUUGCGUCAGCCUACCACCUGAUGCAGACUUGCCCUGAAGUUGUACGGCGAUGGAGCAAUGAGAUCCAAGGUGUUAUCUCGGGUCCUAAUAUUAUGGUUCAAUAUCACGCUCUCGGUCUGCUCUAUCUCAUUCGUCAAAAUGAUCGGCUCGCUACGUUGAAACUCAUUCAGAAGUUCUUGCAAUCACCACUGAGAUCGUCGUAUGCUCACUGUGUCAUGAUUCGUAUUGUCGCACGGCAAAUUGAGGAGGAGGGUCUUGCGGACAACCGCAACAUGAUGGACUUUCUUGAGACCUCUCUGCGUCAUAAAUCUGAGAUGGUUAUUUACGAGGCGGCCCGAGCCAUCAUUGGGUUGAGCCAACUGACAGCCAAGGAGUUGGCACCGGCAGUGAACGUGCUUCAGCUCUUCUGCUCCUCACACAAAUCUUCACUUCGGUACGCAGCUGUCAGAACUCUGAAUAAAAUCGCCACUCGCCAUCCCUCGGCUGUGGCUUUCUGCAAUCAUGAUCUGGAGAACCUUGUUUCUGAUCCGAAUCGCAGUAUUGCUACUCUGGCUAUCACCACUCUCCUUAAAACUGGCAGCGAGAACAAUGUGGACCGCUUGCUGAAACACAUAUGCUCUUUUAUGACGGACAUUACGGACGAGUUCAAAGUGGUAGUUCUCGAAUCGAUUCGCAUGCUAGCUGCCAAGUAUCCACGGAAGUACUCUGUCCUUCUCAAUUUCCUUUCUGGUCUUUUGCGUGAUCCUGCCGGUUACGAAUUCAAAAAGGCUGUUGUGGUUGCCAUGGAAUCUAUAAUCAAGGACAACCCUCAGGCCAAAAAUCUCGGUCUUCUCCAGUUGUGCGAGUUCAUUGAGGACUGCCAGCACGAAAAAUUGACUCAACGAGCUCUUUAUUUGCUGGGUCGUGAGGGCCCGUUCUUGAAUCGUCCCCGUCAGUUCAUCCGCUUCAUCUACAAUCGCAUCAUUCUUGAGUCUGCCGCCGUCAAGUGCACCGCCACAACCGCUUUGGCACGUUUCGGAGCUAACUGCGACGACCUUCUUCCCAGUGUUCUCGUCCUUCUAGAACGUGUAAUGUUAGACGAUGACGAUGAAGUACGCGACCGGGCUGCCUUCUACCACUAUAUCCUUUCCUCGGGUGAUCGUAACCUCAUGAAGGAGUACGUGCUGAACGACGAUAUUCGGCUAAACAUGCAGGCCCUGGAACGCGCCCUUCUAGCCUACACACAGGCCUCGGAGGCGGAGCAAGCGCGUCCUUUUGACUUCACCGCCAUUCCCAUUGAGGAGCCCCCAUCUGAGAUCGCCUCCGAUUUCGCUACCAUAGCGGACAGCUCCACCGUGGGCUUCUUUGAACCCACAAUCGGUGCUAGUGCUGCCACCAUCCCCGGCACUGCUGCUGGUGACAGCGCAAAGGUCGGUGGAGCAGUGGACGCGGCGCCAGGGUCUACAGGGGGCAUGGGAACGCGACGUCAGGACCGCUUUGCAGAGGAGUUGGGAGCCGUUCCCGAGAUAAAGGCUCUUGGGCCCCUUUUCAAGUCCUCCAAUGACUAUGAACUCACCGACUCUGGUACGGAAUACGUCGUCACGUGCGUAAUUCAUACCUUCCUUCACCACAUCGUCCUCCAGUACGACGUGACGAACACGAUGGAGGACCAGUUGCUGGAGGACGUCUAUGUGGAUGUGGAAGUGGCAGACGAUGAAUUUGAGGUACUUAAUCGUCUACCCAUCAAAACUCUACCCUUCAACUCUCCCGCCUCGACAUACAUCAUCGUUAAGUUACCUGAAAAUGCCUCUCUUACUACCUCCUUCGCCAACACUCUACGAUUCGUCGUUAAGGACGUCAACACUGCUGGACCCAAUGAUCCCGGUAUCACCGAUGAGUAUGCGCUGGAGGAAUUGACCCUGCCCGUGGCAGUCCACAUGCAACGCGUGAUGAAGGCGAAUUUCGCCGCGGCUUGGGAGGAGUACGGUGACAAUGGCGAGGCGGAGGAGACCUACUUCCUCACUAAAUUCUCCACCCUUGAUGAGAUGGUGCAAGAGUUGGUGGCGCAUCUGGGUAUGCAGGCGUGCGAGCGCACAGACCAGGUGGGCUCAAGCGAGAAGGCGGCACACACCCUUCUAUUGGCCGGUGUCUUCCGCGGCGGUGUUAGCGUGCUCGCACGUUGCAAACUGGCCAAGUCACUGCCCUCCGCUGGGCAGCCUGCAGCCGGUAUUAAUCUCCAAAUCACUGUCCGCUCCGCUGCUCCCGAAAUUAACCAGGCCAUUGCCGACUCCCUUAGAUGUCUUGAUCGAGCGCCCUACUCUGAAUCGCCAAUGCUGACGGAAGUGGUGGUAGGAAUGCGAUUCUCUCCUCCAGUGUUUCUUCACGUGUGUCCCCAUGCAACGGAUGCUCCUUAG